CUUCAAACCACGCUUCUUGGGCGAGAUUUCGCGGAAUCCACGUUUCGCGGUUCCGGCCCGUCUCAAGAGCACCGCUGAGCCCAACUCUGCCUACAGAGUUAAUGACAACUCUCAUCACCCGGAGGAUUCUGCAGACGCUAACGCGACUAUCCUGUCCGAGGCAAUUGAUUUUCACAAACGUAUCAUGGACAGCAAGGAUCGUGCCACCUGGUGGGAGCUGUUGAAGAAGCAGAAGGAGCGGGCUCAAGAGGGGAAGGACAUUGAUUCCUUCACUUUAGAGGACGUGAAAACCACAGAAAUAUUCGAGAGAACAAGAGCCGAUGGGUUCUCGUAUCUUUUGCUACCAUUCAAACAGGAUCCGUUCCUCAUGGACAACUAUGUCAAUGUUGCAGGAAGGUUGAGAUUCGGAAACCUUUUUCAGGAUUGCGACUCGCUGGCAGGAAGAGUUGCUGCCAGGCAUUGCAAGCCGGCAGAGCCUAUGAAUGUGACAGCGUCGAUUGACAGAAUUUACGUUACCAGAAAAAUUGAUGAGAUUCACAAGUACAAUUUCGUCAUCGUCGGAUAUGUGACCUACACCGGGAGGUCUUCCAUGGAGAUCUGCAUCAAAGGCUUCUCUUUCGAGCACGACAUUCCCUCGGAAAUCACUCCAGAUUUUGUCGAGCAAUACAAGAACGACUGCUUCCUCUCUGCUAACUUCACAUUCGUUGCAAGAAACCCAGCUACUCAUAAAUCCCACGCCGUCAACAAGCUGCUUCCCGCAACAGAGAAGGAGUGGGUCGACUUCAAACGCGCUGAGAGCAGAAUCGCCGCCAAAAAGCUACGUGCUAAGCUGGAGUCUCUUGAAAACGUGCCCCCAACAGAGCAGGAAUCCAAGAUGAUUCAUAAUUUAUACACUUCGUCGAAGAAGUUUGCCCAACAGGGCAAGCCAAGCAACAUCGUGUUCAUGAAGGACACACGGCUUUCUUCCACGCAGAUCCAGCAACCGCAGUACAGAAACCGUCAUGGUGUCAUUUUCGGAGGCUACUUGCUCAGACAGACCUUUGAGCUUGCUUACUGUGCUGCUGGUGCGUUCUCCAAAUCCAAUGCACGGUUCAUUUCUCUGGACAACACCACCUUCAAAGUUCCCGUUCCAGUUGGUUCUGUGCUGUAUAUGGAUGCUGAGGUUUGCUAUACAGAACACAUCCACGAAAAAGACGAAUCUUCUGAGUCGGCCAAGCGGAUGAUGCAGGUUUUGAAGGAUUACGACACCAGUGCUAAUGAGCUGAGUUCGGAUGAGCAGGAGUACUUCUUUGUACCGGGAACGUUGAUCCAGGUCAAAGUCGAGACCAAGAUCCGGAAUUUGGGCGAUUCCAAGAUGACUGAAAGCGGAACUUUCGUCUAUUCUUUCUAUGUUCCUCGUGACGGUAACGGAGAGUUUGACGACCCUGGAUACUGCUCGGUGAUCCCGGAAACCUAUGGAGAGAUGAUGGACUAUGUGGAAGGUCGUCGUCGUACAUAUGAUACUGCAGCGUAUGCCCAGCAGCUAAAGCUCUCCAGAAGAGCCUAGCCAUAUUUAUAUAUUUAUUGCUGAAUACUAUUCACUUUAAGCUUAAAAUAUAUUGAUCAAUUAAUACAUGUACGCGAGAACUAAAUCACCAGUGAAAAUUAUAGCAUCGAGCUGUUGGAAGUGUUUUCGAUCACUCCCUCAAACGACCGCUCAUCUCUCGGAAUAUUGACGGCUUCCGAUCCCUUACGUUGUACGUCCACGAACUUUGCGCUGGUUUUGCUGAGCGUUGAGUCAGAAAACUCACGACCAAAUUCUUCGUUCAGAGUCGCCAAGUCUCGCGGGCGAUCGGUCGCAUCCACGUACUCGCUGGACGAGGAUUGGUCAUAAUUCACAUAGUUCCCCGAACCUGAGGAGACAUAUGACGAGUUUCUGUUCAUGAAAAUGCUCUGCGACUUGCGCUGCAUGUUUGGAUCGUCCGCAACUCUGACUGUCAACAGGUCGGUCGUGGCCACAGUGGCUAGCGACGUAAGAGAAUCUCGAGGUUUCCAUUUCGAGGCGCCGUUACGCCACGACUUGGUGAUUUUCUGCGAGCGGCCGGAAAUAAGCUCGUCGGUGCUCUGGUGAUUCAUGGCCUCGUUGUAUAAGGAAUGGGACCGCGAGUGGUUGCUUUCGACAUUGGUUAGCGAGGACGAGUCAUCGUGCACGCCAGACUCAUCCAGUUUGAGAACAUUGAGGGCCGAAAGACGUUUGGCGUUAUCGCCCUCGGAGUCGUUUUUAAGCGUCUCUGCGGUUCCUUGAGGGUUGAUAUAGAACGCGCUCUUCUUCUUCUCGUUGUCGUCUUCUUCGUCAUCAGUAGACUUGCGUCUCCGCCAGCAGCAAAAGAAGAUCAGCAGCGCGCCCAAGAGAGCUGCGAGCGGAAGGGCCACACCCAAUCCAAUGGCCAGGUUUUUCUUGUUGGGAGAUCCCUCUCUGGAGCCUGAGCCUGAAGUGGUAGAUGGAGACGCGACGACUGAGGAUAUAGAGGUGCCGCUAUGCGAUCCGCUGCUCGAUGAAGAGCUGGACGUGGAGGUGCUGCUCUGUGAACUGCUACUCGAACGCACCGUGCCGACCCCUCUUAUGUUGAACUCUCUGGAGUCAUCAAGACUGUUCAUGGUAGCUUCAAUGGUCACCUCUAGCUUGCUGAAGGUGUCGGGGACAAGACCGGCAAACGAGUGGUUGGUGUAGUAGUAAGUCAGCCAGGUAGCGUUCGAGAAACUAGCUUUAAUGUCCGUGUCGUUGAGGUUAGAGAAGGCCGACGAAGGCAACGAGUACACGAAAAAGUCUCCACGUGUCGCGUUCACGUCCGGGAGAUCAUCAACAGUGAAAAUGUUGGAGUACACGUCGAUCUCGAAGUCUAAGAAGACCUGGUUGCCGUACACGUCUGUAACCGUCACAUUGACCAGUUGGUUGCUGUCCUGGUCGUCGGGCACGUCACCCGUGAGUCGGUUGUUCGAGUCUAGCUGAACCCACGAAGGAGCUUCGUAAAGUUUCACGCUGGAAAUGUUUUGUGACGAGAUGCUUUGACCAUCGAGCUGAACAUCCUGCAGCGGCACUUCCACGCUGAACGACUGUCCGGCUGUUGCGUUGAUCUGCAGAGUACCGGAAACGUUUGUUGUAAGCUCGUGGGCACCCACAAGGAGAUAGAACGUGCCAUAUGUUCCAGUGUAUCCUUCGUAAUCGGUUGCAAUCAAAAUAAAGCCGAAUUCCUGGGAAGGAGCGAUCUCGGAGUUGAUUGGUGGAGCUGUUCCAGAAAACGUAAGGGUGUCCUCGUCGAAGUAACACCAACUUGGGAGCGAAGUUCUGUUGAGGGAUUUCCCGUAGUAAGCGACAAUGUUAUUACUUGAGCCGGAGCUCAUCUGGAAGGUGUCAUUGGAGAACCGCACCUCAAACCCUGUCUGGGGUUCGAUGAUAAGGCCGUCAUAGCCGUUGGUGUUUCCCAUAGAUUGCAAUUGCGAAAAAAUAGACGUUUUGAGUUCGGGGCCGGCCUCUUUCGAAACAACAAUCGACACAGACUGGUUGAAGGUACCAGUGCUGUCUGUCCCUAUUAGAUCAAAUGAUAGCGAGUCGGUCGCAUCAGAUGAGGACGGAAUACCAGAGAAAGUGAGGGAAGACUCGUCGAAAGUAAGCCAGUCAGGCAUAUUUUCUGCGGUGUACGAAACGGCCCCUUCAUCGCUUCUGUAGGUGUCUUUGUUGAUGGUGAAAGCGUAUUCUUCGCCGACUCUGGCGACAUCUGGUAGCUGUUGGGAGAACGGGAACCC